AUGAAGGAAUGCAAAGAUCGGGAUCAAACCAUUGCUCAAAUACCUCAUGAAAUAUUAGUGAAUCACAUAUUUAUAUAUUUGGAAGGAUUGGAAUUAUUUCUAAUGACGAGAAAAGUGUGCUUUACAUGGAAUGAACUCAUCACCAAGCAUGAUAUCAUACAAAGUUUGAAUAUCAAAUCAUCUGGGAGCUCUGAAACUCAUGAAAAAGGUUCCGAGAGAGGAAUUACCCUUGUUGCACACUUGUCUCGGAAUUUGAAGAAGUGCGAAAGUUUUUAUCAAUGUGCGAAUAGUGGUUUGUUUAGUAAUGUUUCAACACUUGUUUUGAGUGGUCUUUAUAUAGGAAUUGUUCGACCCAAGACCGAAAUGAUUUCAUCAACAUUCGUUCCAUCGUAUCCUGGAAAGACCAUUGUCUCGAGAGGUUAUAUUAAAACCAGAAAUGCAACAAUGGUUGGUUCAGAAGAUGAAUUCGAGGGUGGAAGCGUUUUGAAAUUCAUGCCGAAAUUAAAACAUUUAAAUUUAAGCGGAGACAAUAUUGGUGAUGAACGAAACAAUUGGGUUCAAGAUGUAACAAGUCAACAAAUUCAAUAUUUGGAUUUAUCUGGAAAUGAUUUUGGUCUCAUGACUUGUCAACAUUUGACCCAUUCAAUAGAAUUGAGACAUGUACAGUACUUGAAUUUGAACAACAACUCGAUCACUGAGGCAUGUUGCACGUGUUUAGCGAAAGCAAGUUUCAAAAGCCUCAAAGUGUUAAAACUGGCAAACAAUCAAGUGACCAAUGCUGGUCUUUAUACUCUCUGUGAAUCAUCAUCGAUUGUGGACACCUUGGAGCAUUUGGACAUCUCAUCAAAUGAAAUUACAGAUGUGGCAUGUCAUGAGUUGGCAAGUGGUAGAUUUCAAAUGAAGCAUCUCACCCUAUUUCACAUGAGACAUAAUGAUGCUAUCACUCCCACCACUAAAACCAUGCUUUUACAACAUCGACAACAUAUUUCGCCAAAACUCAGUGAAGAGAAUUUCAAAUUGUGA